GGUAAAGUUUCAGUUCGAGCUGCGGCGUCUCGUGUGCGGUGCAGACGGGUGCAGGUGCAGACAGGCGCAGGCAGGAGCAGCGUGCGCUCGAUUGCGAUUCAUAUCAGCAGACAGCAGAACUUUUACGCAUUUUCUGCCAGAUUUUACUCGUAGUUGCGUGAAAAUGGUGCUGCUGUUUGUGCUCGGUUGCUGGAAGAGAGGAUAGGCCCCUGAGUGCAUUCAAGAAACAUUUUUAUAAGUUCGGGUCCUGUUUUGGGCAUAUCUGUUGCGUAGCUGGUUGGAGCUGUUGUCCGGAGGUUUGUGAUGGAGGCCAAAGGAAAGUACGAUUUCAACGCCACCGAUGAAGACGAGCUCAGCUUCAGGAAAGGAGACAUACUCAAGAUCCUGAGUCGUCAGGAUGAGUGGUACAAAGCCGAGAUGAACGGACACGAGGGCUUUGUGCCUCAGAAUUACAUCGAUGUCAACAUGCCCAAGUGGUUCCAGGAAACUGCCAAUCGCAACCGAGCCGAGGAGCUGCUCAGAAACAAAGAGGUGGGAGAGUUUGUGAUCCGCGGUUGCCAGAGUUCACCGGGAGAAUUCUCCAUUUCUGUCAAACAUGAGAAUGAAGUCCAGCAUUUCAAAGUCAUGAGGGACAAUAAGGGCCAGUACUUCCUGUGGUCGGAGAAGUUCACCUCUUUAAAUAAACUGGUGGAAUAUUACAAAAAUACCACAAUCUCCAGAACACAGGAGAUCUACCUCAAUGACGGCACCCCGGGAACACGCAGCCCCUCCUCCACGCAGCCGUUAAAAAGAGGAAGUCUCCCAGAGCCAUGUAACUCUCCCACUCUAAAGUCCAAUGUUCCACGAAGAGCCUCAGACCAGCCUCACAGUCAAAUGACGGUGCGUCUGGAGGAGCGCGCACAUACCAUCGGGCACUCAGCACAGCGCAGUCGCAGCCCCCUCAGCUCAGCUAUGUCACGAAGACCCUCUGAGCCUCUGCCUCCUCCUCAGCGAGUGAACAUGAUCCAGGUGAGGGCCUUGUACGACUUCACGGCUGAAGAGGGAGACGAGCUGGAGUUCAGAGCUGGAGACAUUAUCGAGGUUUUGGACCGCAACGACCCCUCCUGGUGGACGGGGAAACUGCGGGGCAAGACCGGCCUGUUCCCCGCCAACUACACCGAGCAGCUGUGACGAGACCCAGAUCUCCCACAGGCCACGAAAGCACCGCCACAGAGCAGCCAGCAGCAACAUCUGAAAUGUAUGAUUCAUGUUGUAUUCAUCAGACUGGGCCUACAGCGCAGUUUGUCAGCUGGGACCAAACCAGGUGUCGUAGAAGGGAGAUUUUAUUUAUGAAUGCAGGGUUGUGGUCUUCUAAUUGUGUUUUUCUUGAGAAACCUGAGCUAAAAGACUGCGUUUUUAUACUAUUUUACAUUUUAAUAAACAUUUGCUUUAAAAACUUGUGCUGUAAUUGAAAAAAAGUUAACAUUUAUGCUGCGUUCACACACCACAUCAACUAAAUCAACUAAAUGGGACUGGACUAAAUCAGAACUAAACCAAGACCAAACCAAGUCUAUAUCAGGACUUAAAGAGAGGGAGUAUUGUGCAAAAUUGAUUUUCUUGAGCUUUCUACCAUGUUAUAAUGUCAUUCCCUAAUUAAAACACGCCCGAAGACGUUGUAGAUGUCAUCUGUGCAUGUUUGAGUAAUUUAAUGAUCUCUCCCAGGCCCUAUUCAAACCCUCUUUACAGUUACCUAUCAAAUUUUGCCCAAUCUUCACACACAAGCUUACGUCGCCCAUGUUCCCACACGACAAGGAUACGAAACUGCACACAGCAACUUCACAAAGCUGAUGCAUGUGCAGUCGUUUCAGUAGUGAGGUUCGCGCUGAUUGUGUUGUGAUAGCGAUCUGAAGGGGGAGUGACUUGCGGGGAGCAAAAGGGAGCAAACGAGAGGAGACUCAGAGCAUCAAAAAUGACAAUGAAACUUAUAAAAGCGUAUAUAAGAUUUUCUAAACAAUGCAAGGUAACAUGGUGAUCUAAAUAUGUUAGUGUUAAGUAAAAUACCCGCUCUUUAAAAGUCCUCUACCUGAUUUUUCCCUUGUGUUUGAUCAGAUUUAGUCUUGUCUCACUACAGAUAUAUUGUAUAAGCAGCUCUUGAGAAAUAAUUAAAAUACUCUGAAUGCAUAAUGUAAGUGAGGAAUAACUUUGGACCACUGCAAACCAUUUAAAACUAGUUCUGUUUUUAUGUUUUUAAGAAGUAAAAAUCAAGUACAGUGCCUUAAAGUGGAAAUAAAGUGAGCAGUGCGAACGCAGCCUUAAUAAUUUUUAAAAGGGCUUUGUGUAAUUUUGCUUUUCUUCCUGGACAUGUUUUUGCUUUGUCUGGAAUGUUUCACAGUAUGUCAUUAAAGCUUUCAAUCAUCACAGAGAUCAAACCAGACCCCGCUCACAGACAGAAUGCCUGUUUUUCUACAUAUUUUUGAUCUCUAAAUGUAAAUUAGAGCUGUUUAAUGUCACACUGUGGAACAUUCCAGACAGAGCACUGACAUAUCCAUAGAAACAAGCAGGUGCCAAAACGUUACAUACAGUAGUGCACUUAUAAUAGUUUUUAAGAAAUCAAAAAUAAACCUAUUGCGUUUUAAUUUGCAGUUGGAAUCCACUUGAAGAUGAUGUGUUUUAAAGUUUAAUUUGCAAACUUGUUUCUCCGAAAUUAUUGAACCAGGGACUUUCCAGCAACAGGUCAAUAAGAGAUCUUUUUUUAGCUGCUUGUUUUCAGAGGAGGACGGCUGUACUGAUCCAAACAUUUCCUUGAAUCACUGCUGGAGAGCUGAACUGAACUUACAGGUGCACGGUGUAACUUUUCUCCAUGGAGAUGUUAUUUCUUCAUCUGGAAUGGUUCACAGUAUGAUAUUAAACCUUUCUAUCUUCAAGGAGACUAAACCAGACCAAGUUACAGGUCAGAUCUGUGGAGAGGCGACCCCACUCAGAGUCAAAAUGCCUGAUUUUCUAAGUAUUUUUAAGCUAUAAAACCGGUAACUGAAUAAAUGUAAGGUAGAGCUGUUUAAUGUCAUACUGUGGGGGUUUGAGUUGGGGUGAUUUGCCAGAGAUGAUAUGGUUGAAACUAAUUCAGCUUCCCCCAGUGUUAAUUCAGCUUCCCCCAGUGUUAAUUCAGCUUCCCCCAGUGUUAAUUCAGCUUCCCCCAGUGUUAAUUCAGCUUCCCCCAGUGUUAAUUCAGCUUCCCCCAGUGUUAAUUCAGCUUCCACUAGUGUUAAUUCAGCUUCCCCCAGUGUUAAUUCAACUUCCCCCAGUGUUAAUUCAACUUCCACUAGUGUUAAUUCAGCUUCCCCCAGUGUUAAUUCAACUUCCCCCAGUGUUAAUUCAACUUCCCCCAGUGUUAAUUCAACUUCCCCCAGUGUUAAUUCAGCUUCCCCCAGUGUUAAUUCAACUUCCCCCAGUGUUAAUUCAACUUCCCCCAGUGUUAAUUCAACUUCCGCUAGUGUUAAUUCAACCUCCCUUAGUGUUAAUUUGGUACCUCCUGCCCACCACUUCAAACUCCUGCGAGAGAAGACCAGUUUGAACCAGUAUUACACAUAUUUCAUCUCAAAUUAACGAAAAUAAAGUGUAAAAAUAAAACACAUCUGUGUGCUGUUUAGCCAAAUGAGGAUAACCCUAAAAAGUGUUAUCUGUUUACUCUCAAAAUACUCAAAAUUUCGGGGUUAAACAGGAACUUUGCUGCAGUGUUGCUUAAUUAACAUUUCCAAAAAUGUCAAAUUAACUCUAGAACAGAUUGGACUCAUCUAAACCCUGAGAAAAUGUUAAAAUUGAUUCUGUGAGAGUCAAUUUUAACACUCCACUUUUUGCUGUGUGUUUCUAUCUUCAUUGAGACCAAACCAGACCACGUUACAGCUCAGAUCUGUGGAGAAGCAACCUGCUCACAGUCUGAAUGUCUGUUUUUAUAGGUAUUUUUGAGCUAUAAAACCACUUAUAAUUGAAUAAAUGUAAGGUAGAGCUGUUUAAUGUAACACUGUGGAACAUUCCAGGCAGAACAAUGACAUAUUCAUAGAAACAAGCAGCAUCCAUAGAUUAUUAAAAUUAUUAUUAAUAUGUUUUACACUUAAGAAAAAAUAAGGAUGUUACCGAUGCAAAUAUCUAUAAAAAAAAAUAAAAAUACCAGAGAACAGUUAGUUGAGUCUUGGGGUCAAAAAAAAAAAACUGAAAAAUUGAUGAUGGAUGGAGUGUUAAAAGUCCUCAAAAUGGCGCCCAUAACACCUGAAAACCCAAGAGUCUGAGGUAGUUGCUUUAGUGGAAGAUAUAGUGAUGAAACAAAAGGAUAUUAAGACUUUUAAGAGGUCAGACAAUGUUAGUCAAUGUUUUCUAUGUUUCAUAAUGUGGUCCAUGUGAUUUCUGAAGAGUGCAAUUAAAGGUGAAUUAUGUAACUUUUGCGAUGGCUCGUCCAACACCUGCUUGUUUCCGUGACUAUUUUAUCUCUUGGUCCGGAAUGCAACCUGGCACUAAGUUACAAGUCAGGUCUGCGUAGAGGCAAGCCUACGUACAGUAAGAAUGCAGUUUUACAAGGUUAUUUUCGAGCAGGAAAGCACGUGGAGUUUAACAAAUGCAAAAUAGUUUAAUGGCUUACUGUGGACUUUUCAAAGCAGCACGUUAUACAUCUCCAUGGAAACAAGCAUGAUAGACCCCAUAACCUCCCACUUAUCCCUCCCACAUACAUACACACCUGAAAAUGUUACAUAGUACAGCUUUUGAAGGGUCCAUCACCUGCACCUUUAUGCAAUUGCACGUUUUAGAGCUCAAAAAUACCUAAAAAACAAAACAAAAACAGGCAUUCUGACUGAGCGGGGACGCCUCUCCACAGAUCUGACCUGUAACUUAGUUUGGUCUGGUCUCCAUGAAGAUAGAAAGGUUUAACGCCACACUGUGAAACAUUCCAGACAAAGCGAUAACAUCUCCACGAAGAAAGUUUGACGGACGCUCCACCAGAAAAGUUACGCAGUGCACCUUUGAACUUUUACACCAAUCAACAUCUGAAACUAUAUUGCCUUCCAAGUCAUUUUAGCGUGAUUAUAGCUGAGGAGUAAACUACCCUAAAAGUCUUGUAUUAUGUUUUGUAUAUACACGCAUUAUGUCAUUGGUGUAAAUUACUCUAUUGGAAAAUGAGUUGUGACCUACAUGUGAACUGAAUGGUAUGAAAACUGUCAAAAGUAAUGAGCCUCACAAGUACAAUCUAAAGCUAUUGUUAUUACAGGAAGUAGGACCGAUUUGUAGCCCUUCAAAAUAAAAUACUUAUAUUUUGACAAA